UUCCUUCCUUCCUUCCUUCCUUCCUUAGACUCGGUCUGCCUCCUUGAGAUCCCUGCCAAGAUGCCCUCCCAGCUGGAGCACGCCAUGGAGACUGUCAUGUUUACCUUCCAUAAAUUUGCCGGCGACAAGAACUACCUAACCAAAGAGGACCUCCGGCUGCUGAUGGAAAAAGAGGUGCCGGGGUAUAUGGAGAACCAGAAGGACCCCAUGGCCAUUGACCGGAUCAUGAAGAACCUGGAGGAAUGCCGGGAUGGCAAAAUCAGCUUUGAAGGCUACCUGUCCCUCUUUGCCGGGUUGACCAACGGCUGCAACGAGUAUUACAUCAAGAAAAUGAAGCCAACGGGGAAGAAAUUCUGAACCGGGCAGACCCAGAUGGCUCUUUCCCAAGCACUGACGGCGCGUUUUGGCCCAGGGAGAGCUUCAACGGUGCCUGCUGCGCCGUCGCCCGCCUGCUUCCCCGUCCAAAGCCAGUCCAUUCUGCUUCAAAACAGCACAUGUUCUCCCAGGCCUAACCACCCGAGCUGACAACGUACAGGAGAAACUAACCCUUAAAUCAAAUUGUGAAAAACACCGCAAAGGCCACCUUGUUUCCACCAGGAAAUACGCUUCGGUUUGCCCUUAUGCUGUGUACUAGAUCCAAAAAUAAAUCUCUUUUUUUGUA